AUUUAUUUCCAUUUUCCACCGCCUAUUGCUUUCCCAUUUCCUCAUCUUCUACGCCUUCUCCAUUUUUCUUCAUUCAACGGCAUCUCUCUCAAAUUCGCCGGAAUAUACUCCACCAGCGGAAGAAGAUUUUAGUACUUGCAAAUACUGUUACCAUGGGUGAAGAAGUGAGCCUGACCGACUAUGAAUCAAGCGGUGGUAACGAUGACAGACUUCUCUGGGAAAUUGGACUUCCCGAUGUCGAUGAUCUCACACCGUUGAAUAUGCAGUUGAUUCCGUCGGAACUUGCUGCUGCGUUCAGAAUUUCGCCGGAAUUGUCAAAGACGAUGACCGAUGUAAAUCGUGCUUCGCAGAAUACGUUUUCUUCUCUCCAGAGAUGGCACUCACAGGAUAUGGCUUCGAUGAAUAACUCUAAUUUCAAGACGUUUAGCUAUGAGAGGAGUAGAGAAGAGACUGUUACUGAAAGAGAUGAAACGGAUCUGAUAAGAGAGGGAUCCGACUCGAGGAAGCUCCGGCGGGUUGAAUCCGGAGGCACUGAGGAGGCUGAUUCAUCUCUGUGUAACGAGAAUUUUGCGGAUGAUUCGUCUGCUAAGACUCUGAAACGGCCCAGACUUGUUUGGACGCCGCAGUUACACAAGCGCUUUAUUGAAGUAGUGGCGCACUUAGGUAUCAAAGGGGCUGUGCCGAAAACAAUUAUGCAGCUUAUGAAUGUGGAAGGAUUGACGAGAGAGAACGUAGCAAGUCAUUUACAGAAAUACAGAUUGUAUACGAAGAGAAUGCAGCCGAACGAGGGUCCUUCUUCGUCUGAUCAUUUGUUGACUUCCACACCGGCUACAGAGAUUAUGCGUGAGUCCAGUGAGAGUGGUCACCUCCGCAAUACUAAUGGCCACAUGGCAAUGCCAACUCUGAUGCCGUACCAACAACAAAUGGUGGCGAUGCCAAUGAUGGGGAUGCCAAAUGGAGGACAUGUAGGCAUGCCUGUUGGUUACGGGGGUGGACCGCCACUUGGGUUUCAUCAUCACUAUAAUGUGGUGCAACAGCGGGAUUGGUCUGGAAAUAAUUUUGGUUACUAUCAUCCUGUUGCUUCUAAUGAUAAGUAGCUCCACAAGCUGGGUGUAGACCUGGAUGAUGUCAUUUGAUCGUGGAGGAAUCAUGGCAGGUUCAUGAGGUGUUGUUCUCUGGUAAAAUGUGGGACAAAUAUGAGUUAGACAGCAGAUAGGCAGUUGGUCCGAUCUAUCCUUGCAUUGUCUUUUUUCCUGAAACAUGUCUCGUCCAGCAGCAACAAAUCGUUUGCACUACAAACACCAACCAGUCCUUUGUAUGAUAAAUGGUGUAUCGUUUUUCUAGUAAUGGGUGUGUUGAACCUUUUUUUUUAUCGCAAUGAUCUAGAGAGUAAUAUAAAACGUUGUCAGCAGCCCCAACAUAUUGGGUAUUUGAAUCUUCGUCCUUCUCCCAACUCCCAUGGGCCUAUAUUCUUCUUGUAUAAGAAAUUAAUUAUUUGCUCCAUAUUUUAUCUCUUUAGUUUUGUGCUUGCUUUCAAAUUCUGUACUAGAUGGAAGAACCUGCCUGUACAUAUUAUUGGAGUUAAUUGUAUCAUAUGUUUUCUUAAUU